CCGGAUUGGGGUUGAGUGAUAUUAUAAAAGCUGACCAGAGUUUAUUUCGAUAGUGAGUCGAACAGUUUUCACACGGUUUGGCAGAGAGCACGGUAAAGCGAGACAUGAGAAACUACACCGAGCUCCUUUUGAAAUCCAACCAGAGGAUUCUGCUGGCUUUGGGUUUAAUCCUCUUUCUGGGAUACACCGUACAAGCUGCCCCAUCCAAAGGGAGAUAUAUGUGGGUACGAUGCAAACCGGACACUAAAAACCCUAACUGUGUGGAAGAAAGCGGUCCUUGGAUUGAUCUUCCAAAGUCCGGAGCUGAAAUACCUUCACCCAACGCUGAUCAUGACCUCAUGAACAAAAAGCCAGUUGAAGACAAGACGGCACUGACUUUUGAAGAGUCCGGAGAUGAUUCUGGGGAAUUCCAGGAGGACAUGCCAAUCGAACUUGGCUCAGGAAGUCAGUGGAAUGAGGAUCUCCUGAUAGCCGGCAGCACUGCAGAGCCUGAAGAAGGAAGUGCUGACUACACAGAGGACUUCCUGGCCACACCAGAAGGGGGCGACGUUGAUUAUUCCCAAUUUGUCUUUCGUGACAGAGUUCCAAUCAAGCAAAACCACCCUCAGAAUCUAAAGCUCCAUGAAGAGGGGUUUAUCCUGUAAAAUAAUCUUCAUGAUGCAAUGAAAGGUUUCCGCUAGUUAUGCUGUGUGGUUUUACCACACGCUUUUCUAUUACCUAUCUCUCAGGAUUAAAAGCAUUGCUUUGGGUUAUUGUUUUAGUUCCCCCCCAGCUAUAAUUGCAAAAACUGCGUGUUCCGAAAUUCGCCAAAUUGUAGACUGAAAUAUAUUCCUAUGAAGUAGUAAAAUAUAUAUUUUGUCUAUUUUUAUUUUUAAAGAAAAUAACAAUUUAAAUAUAAUAUAUAGAACACAAGUGAGAUGUAUAUUGGAGCGAGGGGUAUAAAGCUUAUGCUUCUAAAAAUACAUGAUACUAUUUAAUUUAGUGGGGAUGUUUUUAUACCAAACAUGUAGUUUAUUUUUUUCCCCUUAAAGUGUAAUUUCUGGAUAGCAGAUCAUAGGAAUGAGACGUGUUGUCAAUCUUAUGCAUUCAUUUUGUGAAUCUUACCUUGAAAUGCUUGUCUGAGAUUAUUGGUCAAGAGAACAACACUUUCCAAUCGCUGUAUCUCCAAUGGGACCAGUGGUGAUGUCUCAUAAAAACUGAUGACAAAAACUUUGCUAUAACCAAGGAACCUACUGAAUAUCACUGCAUUCAAGAUACAAUUCACAAAAUAAAUGCUUUUGCUGUAUGUCCGCUAAUGGGCUGACUGUUAAGUACAAAUUUUAUUUUCUUGAUGCAGUAAGGCUAUAAACAAUACCACUGAAACACUUUCCACCUUAUCUACAGUGUUAAACAUGAAUGAUUCUGUUUUAUCGAAUAACAUUAAACAUAGAAACCCAAUUACACCAGGCUAUACACUUGUGAAAAUGGGAAACAAUACUAUUGUUGAUUAUGUUUUAAAAGUGCCUUAACGACUAUGCCAAUAAAGUCUGUAAAGUGAA